AGAGUGAUUUUAGGAAGCUGAUGUGGCAGAGUGUUAAGCGGGGAAAAAAAGGAGUCCCGCCUGAUUUCAGAACCAAAAAACUCUCCACUACCCACUUUUUUCUCCUUCCACGCCCACGUUCUCAUUUUUAAUUUGUAUUUUUUAUUUCCGAUUUCCCUUCCUUCCACUCUUUCCCUUCAUUCCGUUUUCUUUAUUCUCUCUUACCUUCCUUGCUUCAUUCUGUUGAUUGGAUUCUCUAGAGAUCAAAAGGGGAUUUUUGAUUUUUCCCUUUCUCUUGAAAGUAACAAAGCUGCUUACUUUAAAUUCCACUUCGCUUAGACUGUCUUCCAGAGAGCAGCCGACUGCCGAUUUUGAGCUGAGUUUUUCCGGGCCGCAGAGAAAGAAGAAGAAAGAAAGAGACGUUCGGCGGCGGCAGGCGGACAAGAAUUUUGGUGACGAGAUCUUGGGGAAGGUGAUCGGACAUUGUGGUGCCAAGAGAAUCGGCUUGGAAAAGGGGAAACGCGAACACUUUUUUGAGUCUUGAUAGAGACGAGUGGCCAAAAAAUAAGGUCUGCAAGUUCGGCUGAUCGCUCUAAUGGGAACAGGGGAAGGCUUUAAAGAGUUUUAGUAAUUGCAAGUUUGAUCACUCAGCUCAAAAUCAGUGAAAUAAACAUAUAUUUGUGUUGGCCAUUACAUUGUUGUCCUUCUCGCUCUUCCUUUGCAUCCCCAAGCUUGGAAGCCAUUCUGUUAUAUGUGUUUUGUUCAUCAAUUUAAAUUAUUCCUUAUAUAGUUAUAUUUUUCUUCGACUGUUAUGUUUGUGUGGUGUGUUGUAUGUGUCAUUAACUCGCACAAACUUAUAAUUGGUGAGGAGUUCAACUUCUGUUGUAACAAUUAAUUAAUUUAUAUAAAUGGCAGCUGCAAAAUUUACUUGAACGGGUGCAUCAUUUACCACGACCUCUAUUUCAGAUUGCAUCAGGUUAUUGGAGAAUUUAAUAUGGAUAGUGCAAAUGUCAUCCCAUCUGCCCAACCACAGAUUUAUCGAUCGUCUGUACCAUGUGAGUGUCAUGGUUUAGCACGCAACUGCUUCAAUGCAAACUGACAUUAAUAUUUUCCCUUGAAUCUCAUUUGUUUAGGGAAACGUCGAGCAGUGUUUAUUCAUCCUGAAGAUCAGUACCAACGCUGUGUUUUAUCUGUUGAAGAGGAAGAAGCAUUUGAGAGAGGUGUGUUAUCUGUGUUUUAAUUUUUCUAAUUAGUUCAUCUAUUCAAUGAGUAAUACAUGGUUUUAUAUUUAAAUUCUGCAGAAGAAGCUGCCUUACAAUUCCAACUCUCUCAACUUCGGCGAAUACUAUCCCAAGUCGCCCGUAAGAGAAGACAUCAUAUUUUGAAACAGAAGGUUCAUAGGAGGGGCUUGCCUUUUGAACACCAAGGUUGUUGUUUGCUAAAUUUUGUAGCAAGUCUUACAAAUUAGGCUAUUAUAGAUUGUUGAAUCUUUAUUUAUUUCUUUAAUAUCGUAUGUGUUUUGGUGUUGUUCAUAGUUUUGGAGCCGGAGUUUAGAUUUCUAUUACAAAAGCAAAGUCGAUUACUUCGACGUAUUCAUCUGCAUAGAAAGAGACGUGGCCGAAGUUUCUUUCCUACAGAAGUCAAUCAAAGUAUGUGGAUUCUAAUGACCACUAUUAUACAUGAAAUGGUUCAUCUCUAUUUUGGUUUAGUUUUUGUACAUUGGAUAUAUGUUUUUGUGUUCUGGUCAACAUAUUUUGUUUCCUAUUUUGGUUUUAGAACAUAUAAUGUACCCAUUUAUGCCAUGCAUAUAAUUUAGUGAUGUACGCUUCAUGUCACCUUAUCAUGGUAAAGGAAACCGUACCGGACAUCAUACCGGAUUCCUUUCUGGUAUGGUAUUUUGUGGUACGACCGUGGUUCAACCGUUUUGUACCGGUAAAUACCGUUUUUCACUAUUGAUAGAGAAAUGAAAUGCGAUAGUAUAAAAAAUAUAAUCCAUCAAAAAAAGAACCAAAUAGAGCAUUAUACAACCACAGUGACCCAUUUUCAACAUAUAAAAAUAACACAAUAAUAUUCUUUUUAAUUAUUUUCCACAUAUUGGACGAGAAUACGGAGAAAUGAAGCUGAAUCAUAGACCAGAAAACCGGAUCGUACCGGCCGGUUCAACUGGUUCAACCGGUCAAACCGAAAAAACCGGCCGACACGGUAAAAUCAGCACAAUCAGCCCACCGUACCGCUUUUGGUCCAAUUUCGGUUGAACCGGCUGAACCGGCCGGUACGAUCCGGUUUCCUGGUCUAUGCACCUUAUGCAAAUAGUGGAUUGUUUUUAGAUGUUGAUGUGUCAACGGCAAAUUUGUGUGUUAUGAACAAACUUUGGUGUUUCCUGAAAUUUGACUUAUUCUUACUCAAAAUUAGAGGUAUACCAAUCUAUCUUGCCUUGAGAACAUUUAUUUUAAUAAUUGUGUUUACUGUAGCGCGCCUAAAUCGGCUUCACAGUUUCUCAAUCUCAUUCAAUUUAUGAAUUACUGUGACAAAAAUUUAUUAAUAUUACUUAUCUAUUUCACUAGGUCUUCCGUUGGUUGAAUUUUCUGAUAUUGGUCCACCUUCAUGUACGUGUCAACAUUGUGGAGCAGUUAUGUGGCGGUUCGAGAAUACUUUAUCUUAAAUAUGAUAUUUUUCUCUCCGAUUAAAAAAAAGAUAUUUUCCCUUAAAAAAAUGGUAUACCCAACUUUCAGAGAAAGGGUUCACUUUUCAUUUAGAAAGGAAAAUUCACGAAAUAAUUUUUUAUAUGAAAUCAUGUAUGCAUGCUUUUUUUUUUUACUGGGAUCUUGUAUGCAUGCUUAAAGGGGAAGUUAAGAGUUAAUUGAAAAAAAAAAGUAAAAAUAUGAAGUGCACGCGCCAACCAACAAUAAAAAAGAAAAGGAAAAAAUAAAAUAAAAGCUACCUAGAAUUAAGGAGAGGCAGCUUUGGGAUUGCAGAGGCGGGUUUGAUUCCUGCUCAGUAAAUUUAAUACCACUUCAAAGAGUCCUAUAAAAAAUACAAUUGAAAACAGAGAAGGAAUUAAUGAUAAUUUAAUCAUUCAAUUUAAUAAAUUAUAUUUAGGGAGGGUGGCGGAUUUGAGAUUGCAGAGGCGGGAAUGGCCAGCUGCUCUAAAAUUGCGGCUGAUUCUUCUCCAUUCCCCCACUAUGACAAGUAUCCAUUUAUUUCUCCCCCACUCCCCCACUACCUCUAGAGCCAAAACCGAAUUUUUUCUACUCCUCCCCACGUUUGCCGCAAGCCACCUUAUUAUAUAAGGUAAUCUCUAUUCAAUUAUUGCUAUUCAUUUCAACAUCACCGCUGCACCAUGACGCUGGUCUCCAUUGCCGAACUUGCUACUGUCCAACAGCCCUUCGAACUCCAGUGUCGGGUUUCUAGGAAAUGGACCGCCUACCAUGCAAAGAAGGAUACGGUCAUUUCUUUGGAUUUCAUCCUCAUAGAUUCGGAGGGAAAUGACAUUUGGGCGCAAAUUCCACUAGAUUCCGUCCGAAUAUUUGGUAGUCAGCUUGAGGAACAAAAAUGCUAUUUGCUAGCAAAAUUUAAAGUAACUUCCACAAAGGAGGAUUUCCGUCCUGUUCCAAACCCUUUGAUGAUUCAGUUCAACGGAGACACUACUGUUCAGCCGAUUGAUCCGAUCCCAACUGCUCCGCCGUCCAAGUUCCGGUUCAUCAAAGCUGUUGACAUCCCCAAAUAUCAUAAUGUCACUGGAGAUUUGCUAGGUUGGUAUCCUCAUUACGGCGCAUCUGCUUGCUAUUGAACUUAUAUUGACAAUGGUAUCCUCUUAUCAUUGCUUAAUAGAUGUGAGAGGACAUU